GGACUGAAAGAAGAAGAAGGAAGAGGAGAAGGGGGAAGAGAAGAAGAGGAGGAUCCGGGACUAACCAUGGCUACAGCUGACAGCGGGCCGAAGCCUCUUCAGAAUGCCAUGAAAAUGGCUAAAGUAGCAAUACAGCUGGACGGAGGGAACAAACACAAGGAAGCUUACUGUGAAUAUCUCCGGACUAUCAACUUCAUAUCACAUGCACUUUUGGAAGAAGUUGUGUCACAAAAGGAGAGGGAGAUAGUGGCGGUGGAGGUGGAGCGGAUGUUGAGGCUGGCUGAGCAGUGUCUGGAGCGAGCCAAGUCAUUUAUAGGGAAGAGCGCUGACCCCCCCGACCUCUCUGCCUCCGUCUCCGCUUCCUCUUCCUGUUCACCUGGCCAAUCAGAACCCCAUCAGACUCCUGCCCUCCCAGUCGCCACUGCUGCGAGCACUGUCCCUCCAUCUGAUAUUCCUGUUGACGCAGGGCGUAAAGCAACCAGCCCAACAAAGACCGGUCACCGCAGGGUAAUGUCAGAAGGUGGCGGGGAGCUCUCUCCUUUUCUGCCUCCUGAAAUCUUCCAGAGAAUACAAACAGUGGAGUCACAGGACACAAGCAAAAAGGAGCUGACACCCAUUGAAGAAGCAUCACGUUUAAACCAGAAGUUGAAAGCCAAUUAUGAAGCUCGUCUGGCAAGGCUCACACCUGGUCAGGCCUACCAGAAGACGUCUUUGACGCUCUCCCUCCAGCGGCAGAUGAUGGAGAAUCUCAUCAUAGCUAAAGCCAGACAGGAUGCUCUCCAGCGGAAGAUGGAGGAAAGAAGACUGAGACUGCAGGAAGAGGCCAACAGGCGAUUUGCAGCUUCUGGCGCAAUGACUGCAGAGGAGCAAGAGCAGCGUAUUCUCUAUACCAAUGUACUGGAAUACGAGCAAGACCAUGAUUGGCCCAAACUGUGGAAAGCCAACAUGAGGAAGAAUCUUGAUGACAUGACAUUAGUGUCAGGUCUAGUCUCCUACCUGCUCAGCCGGUCUGACCACCCAGUGGUGAAGCUCCUGAGGAAACACCAGUACCGGAUUUACAACAGGCUCUACCCCAUCGUCAGUAAAGGCCUCCCCCAGAGUCCCGCCUUGUCUCUGAGGCCUUCUCGUAGCACUCACAACCUUCUUCAUGCAGAGAUCCAGAGGAAGCCCACCAGGACUGUAGGCAGUAGCGUUGGUGGCCAGAGUUUCAGCGCCGACUCAUCCCCCUCACUCUCUCACGACCUCCACGCCAACUAUGAUGACGAGGAUGGGGACGAGCCUCACACACAGGUGACGGUGGAUCGUGAGAACUCGUUUGAAGACCUGGAGCAGUUCCUCACCCAGUUGGACUGGGCCCCGCCCCACGGCAGUGCAGAUGACACCGGCUCAGAUCUAGACACAACCUGUGAUCCCUUGAUGCAGCCGGAGCAGGAAGAAGGAAACAUCCAGGAGCUGGAGAUUAGAGCGUUGACGGAGCACCUGAAGGCCGUUGUCAAGGACAUCCAUAUUGCAAUUGAUCAGCUUCUGUCACUGUGUUUGCUGUCCUUUGAGUGUCUAAACACAGCCAACUCUAAAGACCUGUGCCUCGCCAGCAUAGAGGAGGCCUUCUUUACGCCCCUGUGGAGCGCCCUUGUGGCUCUUUUCAGGAAGGUCCACAGGGAAAGGGAGCAGGCCUUUGAGACAAGCAUGAAGCUGUACGGGGACAUCUCACCCGGAGAUGUCGGGGUUUCUUUGAAACUGUUCCCCCAGGACCCUGGCGCACUACAAGGGUCCUACCCCUACGAGUCUGCUGUUCAGGAGCUUAGGCUUCUCAUUAUAGACCGCUGUCCACAGAGGAAGUUGGAAUGUAUUGUUCGGACGUUACGGCUGAUCUGUGCCUGUGCUGAGGAUUACAGGUGUCUUCAUGAGGUGGACUCUACACCUAAAACAGCUGCCAUCGGUGCAGAUGACCUGUUGCCCAUCCUGUCCUUCGUGGCUCUGCGGUCCCAGUGUCCUCAGCUGGUAUCUGAAUGCGCUGCCUUGGAGGAGUUCAUUCAUGAAGGUUUAACCCAUGUCCCAUUUGCUAACCUGGGGGGGUUACUGCAGCCAGCCACCAGGGGCAGAUCGAGAUGUUUUGGCCUCACUAUUGGGGAGCUGUCAUGUCGUCCAUCUUUAUGUACAGUGAAUGGGUUGAACACAGACCAACAGUUUGGGAACGGCUCGUGGUCUUGAGUCAAGGUACUACAUCACACUAAGUGUCACUGCGUGUGAGUUCAGACCACACCCAAGACUCACUCCCGGCCAUAAAAACAGUGGGUUGUAAAAGCCAGCUGGUUAGAUUGGCAGUGGCAAAGGAAUGUCAGGAAAUUUGGGAUUUGGUUUUUCUUCUCUAUAAAAAUACAAAUAAAGUCCCACUUGAUGUUUAUGUAGUUCAGUGGGUUGGAAGGGUUCAAGUGAAGGGAGAGGUGGAACCAAGACGUGCCACAACGCUAUGAGAGGGUUGAUAUAUUAACAGCAGAUACGUUUAGCAGUUAGCUUCUUCAGCCGGUAGCUAAAGAUAUUUGUCCCUCAAAAACUCUAUAAAGUUGAAGCUGAGCCACCAGAGUAUAUCAGUGGGAAAACCAGAAAAUAUUUUCUCCCCCCAAAAACACUCCACUCUGGCAGUAUCAUAAAAAAAAGUGAGAACACACAGCAGAAUUACUAUACGCAUCCAUGUGCAGGAUGAGUCAUCAACCUUUUUUAAAAAAAUAAUUCUUCAGGAAAUGACUAAAUCUAAUUAUUGUUGGGCCGGAAUACCAGCCUGUAUAGAUGACGUACAGCGCAAGACAUAUAAGAUAAAAACACUUUUUCAACACUAAUUCAUGGGCACCUGAAAUCAUAAUCACUACAUAAGCAAGAAUCUUGUUUAAAGUUCAUAAACAACAUUUUUAGGUAUGAUUUAUGAAGAGUUUAGCAGUCAGAAACUCAGGACCUACUCACUCAGGACUGUGUGGGUGUGGUUUGAUCAACUAAACAACCCACCAACUGUCUUCAGAUUCUGAUUCAACGGUUGCUAAACCCUGAUUGGUGCAUCCACAAACCAGCAAGAAAAGCACAGCACAGAUAAAUCUCUGUAGUGCAAUAACAAAAACUGUUCUAACAUUGAUAGAAAACAGAACCUAUCACAGGUUUUCUGUUGGCUUGACAACAUUGCGUUUAGUUAACUUACCUGUUAAUUAAUGUUGGUGUGCUGGCCUGUUUUUACGGUUUGCAUCAGCAGUUUUGUUGCUGCUUCUCCAGGCUCGAAGAUGAUGUCAUGUCUGCAACGUGGUUUGACUCUGUAAUCCGCGUAUCUUUAAAUCCCGCAAUAUCCUUUCAGAAGCAAGGCAUUUUCAGACCGUGUUGCCUGCCAUAUGUUGUUUACUUGUGUAUUUUGUCCUUAAAAGUUUACAAAACGGUGUGUUCCUCCACUUAAAAUCUAACGUUGAUCUAAACUUGGUCCGGAGUCAUUAUGCGGUACUUUGUUUUGCAAAUUGACCAGAUUCUCUAUGCUGUUUCCGUGUGUGACUUCCUGCCAGUGCAAUCUGCUCUGUGCUGCUUGACUCGAGUGGGUUUGCGGCUUCCGUCAAAAAUAGACUAGCUUCGUAUUCUACACAGAGCAGAGAGGAGAGACACUUCUGGGACACUUGUUGUUGCUUGGUCCAUAAAUCAGAAAUAAAUCAGAAAUUGGUGAAAAAUACUGAUCAGUCCAAGGUGUUUUGACCAUUCAGUUUACUGUCAUAGAGGACUAAAGAAACAAAUAUAUUCACAUUUGAGAAGCUGAAAUCGGAUAAUUUGGACAUUUUUAUUUAUUAAGUAACUGAAUUGAUGAUCGUUGAAUAGUUGGGGAUUAAUUUAAUAGUUGACCGCUAAUCAGCCAAUCAUUGCGGCUCUAUAAUGGAAUACUCCAUAUAAUAAACAUUAAGGUAUUGUGCCAAGCUAACGCCACAUUAGCUACCUUUUUAUUGAUAAUUUACUGACCACAUUCAAGGGAUAAGCAUCUUCUUAUCUGCUUUCCUUUCUCAGCCUCUCACUCUCUGUGUCCGUCCGUGCAGCGUCCUGGCUGCAGUCUCUCUCGUGUCUUGCUCUCGUUAGUCAAAGGUCAGCCAGAGUUGACUUGCUCUCCAGCCCUGUUCUCUCUCUCUCUCUCGCUCUCUCUCGUCUGCUGUCUCUAAGCAAACCUCCUCCCUCAUCACUUGUUCUACUCACAUAUCAACCUUCCAUCCAUCACUCCCUUCGUUUCUUAAUGCUGCCCACCCUUUUAACGGCUCUCUUUAACGAUCUCUUUCACAAACUAAUGAGAUCAAGGUUGAGCAGAGAUGUUUAGUCCUUUAGUCACUACAGGAAAAAGCAGAUGUGGUUUCAGCAAAAUGAAUAAACUGGUGUUCUAUUAUGUGCUUAGAUGUUUGGGAUUUUUGUUUAGUUCUGUCAGAAUGAAGUUGUUUUUGUUUGUGUCCCUAUUUGACUUCUUAGUUUUCUUUAACAUCAAAAAGUUCAAAUUAACGGAAGAGAUCACCACCGUGUUUAUCAUGUUUUACUUACAGAUGUCUUGUUGCCAGCUAACAUU